AUGGAGCUGGGUGGCAGCGUCUCCAACCUCAUCUUCCUCCUCCUCCUCCUCUUCAUCCCCUCGAUGGCUCUGUCAGCCCCCUGCGCCAACGGUGGCACCGCGGUUGGGGACACCUGCGUUUGUCCCCCCGGCCACUCCGGCCACCUCUGCGAGACCCCCGACCCCGCCAGCUCCUGCCGCAACGGUGGCACCGCUGUGGGGACAGCCUGCUACUGUCCCCCGGGUUUCGGGGGACCGCGGUGCCAGCGCCGCGACCCCGCCAGCGCCUGCCGCAACGGGGCCACCGCCUUUGGGACGAGGUGCGUGUGCCCGCCUGGGUUCCGUGGGGACACCUGCCAGGAGCUGGAGGAGCUGGGGCCGUGCCUCAACGGUGGCACCUUGGAGGAGAAGGGGACGUGCCGGUGUCCCCCCACGGCUUGGGGACCUCGGUGCGAGUGCGUCGGGACGGGAGCGACCACGGCGGCGGGGAGGGCGCUGUACGUCGGUGACACGGCGGGGACGAACGGCACGGUGACGGCCACCACGGCCGGAGGUGGCACCACGGAUGGGCCAUCGGUGAGGAGAGCCAGGAAUGUCACGGCCAGGCCUGUGGAGGGCAAUGGCACCACCGUGGUCACCGCUCAUGGUGGCACCGUGGGAAGGAAUGUCACUGUCACCGGUGUGGUCAGUGCCAGCACGGUCAGUCGUGGGGUGGCCAGCACGGACCAUGGCGUGGUGACCAUCACAGAAGAGGACACAGCGGUCAACGGUGGCACAGAACAUGAUGUGAUGGUCACCACGGUCAGUCAUGGGGUGGCCAGCACGGACCCUGGCAUGGUGACCAUCACAGAAGAGGACACAGUGGUCAAUGGUGGCACUGACCAUGAUGUGGUCACCACCAGAGUGGUCAGCCCCACCACGGUCAGUCAUGGAGUGGCCAGCACAGACCCUGGCGUGGUGACCAUCACUGAGAGGGACACAGUGGUCAAUGGUGGCACAGAACAUGAUGUGGUGACCACCAGAGUGGUCAGCCCCACCACGGUCAGUCAUGGGGUGGCCAGCACGGACCCUGGCGUGGUGACCAUCACUGAGAGGGACACAGUGGUCAGUGGUGGCACAGAACAUGACGUGGUGACCACCAGAGUGGUCAGCCCCACCACGGUCAGUCAUGGGGUGACCAGCACGGACCCUGGCGUGGUGACCAUCACUGAGAGGGACACAGUGGUCAAUGGUGGCACGGACCAUGACGUGGUGACCACCAGAGUGGUCAGCCCCACCACAGUCAGUCAUGGGGUGGCCAGCACGGACCCUGGCGUGGUGACCAUCACGGAAGAGGACACAGUGGUCAAUGGUGGCACUGACGAUGACGUGGUGACCACCACAGCGAGGGCCACCAGGGUCAGGGGAAGUGUCCCCAUGGCCACCACGCCGAUGCUGCCAGCGAGAAAUGUCACAGCCUCACACGUGAGGAGCCACGCCAGGGCCACCACCAUGGAGGGUGACACUACAGCUGUGGAAGGUGACACCACGGCCAUGGAGGAUGAGACCACGGCCGUGGAUGGUGAGACCACGGCCAUGGAAGGUGACACCGAGGCCACCCCUGUGGAGGGUGACACCGAGGCCACCCCCAUGGAGGGUGACACCGAGGCCACACCAGUGGCCACCACGUUAAGCAGCACCAGGGCCACCACCGUGGAAAGUGACACCGUGACGGUGCCACCAGGACACCUGGGAAGCCACAGCAGGGCCACCACCAGGGCAAGGAACACCACCAGGGCAAGGAACACCACCAGGGCAAGGAACACCACCAGGGCCAUGAGGAACAGCACCAGGGCCAUGAGGAACAACACCAGGGCCACCACCUUGAAAAGCGACACCAGUGUGACCACCGUGGAGAGCCACAGGAGGACCAUGGAGAACAACACCAGGGCCACCGUCACGGAGAGUGACACCACGGCCACCGGCCUGGAAGGUGACACCACGGCCAUGCCAGCGAUCAUCACGGGAGGACACAGCAGGAGCAUGGAGAACAACACCGGGGCCACCACCCCAAAAAGUGACACCGGGGUCACCACCCCAAAAAGUGACACCAGGGCCACCACCCCGCCCAACGCCACCGAGGCCACCGGGGCGCUGUCCCACGUCUCUGCCGGGACCACCGGGGACUUCCUCACCAGCUCCACGGUCCCCACCGUGGCCACCGUGGCCACCAUCUGCCUCUACCUGCCCCACGGCGCCAGCCCCCCGGCCAUCGUGUGCCACAACGGCGGCGUCGCCAACCGCACCCACUGCCUGUGUCCCCCCGGCUACUCCGGCCGCGGCUGCGAGACCCCCGACCCCGCUGACCGCUGCGCCGGCGGCAGCACGGCCGUGGGCGACCGCUGCGUCUGCCCGCCCGGCCGGACCGGACCUCGCUGCGCCGCCCCCGAGCCGGCCACCGCCUGCCGCCACGGCGGCACCGCCGUGGGCACCGAGUGCUUCUGCCCGCCCGGCUACACCGGGCCUCGCUGCCAAGACCCCAGACCCAGCGCGGCCACCACGGCCAGGGCGAGGGUGACGCCGAGAAGAACCAGGAGGACCACGACCACCACGGUGCCCACCACCAGAGACCCCUGCCUGAACGGGGGGCUCUGGGUGGGCACGGCCUGCCUGUGCCCCCCAAACAUGGACGGCCCCCGCUGCGAGUUCGGAGCCAGCACCAUCAACCUGACGGCAGAGCUGGGUCCCUUUGUGGCCAUGGUGGCGCGUGUCACCAACCGCGACUUCUCGGAGGACAUGGGGGACGCCUCGGCCCCCGGGCACCGGCGAUUCGCCGAGGAGUUCAGCCGGACGAUGGACGGGAUCUACCGGAACGUCCCCGGCUACCGCGGGAUCGACGUCCUGAGCCUGAGCCGCGGCAGCGUGGUGGUCAAUUACCGCGUCCGGCUGCGACCCCUGCCCGCCAACGCCAGCCUGGAGCGCCGAGCCCUGGAGCUGCUGGCGGUGACCAACGCCGCGUCCCAGCCCCACAACUGCAGCACCUCGGCCGACGGGCUCUGCUUCACCGCCACCUCCGCCAGAGCCAUCAGAGCCACCACGCCGGCGCUCAACGACACCGAGCUCUGCCGGAGGCACGCGCCGGCCAAUUUCAGCCGGUUCUACUUCCCGCACCGCACGGCCCACGGGCUCCUCUGCGUCACCAACUGCACCCUCAACGUCCCCGGCGCCUUCGACUGCCACCGCGGGCUCUGCCGCCUCACCCGCGACGGGCCCCAGUGCUUCUGCCCGGACCUGCCCUGGUACCUCUCGGCCGGCGACCGCUGCCAGACCCACAUCAGCAAACUGGGGCUGGGCCUGGGCGUGGGUGAGGACACCUGGCCGGACGGGGGCCGCGGCAGCCACGUCACCGGGAUCUACCACGUCAACGGCAGAGGCGCCGGCAAAGGUCCCUACGGAUACAACACCUACAAGCCCAGCUCGGAGGUGGCCGAAGCCCCGGCGCCGGUGGAGACCGGGGCUGCUGAAGCUGCAGGAGAAACCAGGACACGGGGAAACACCACCAGACCGGGCACCACCAAAUCUGGAGCCACCGGGGACACCUGGAGCACCGGGGACACAUGGACCGAGGGUGACACCUGGACCACCGGUGACACAUGGACCACCAGUGACACAUGGACCAAUGGUGACACAUGGACCAAUGGUGACACAUGGACUAAGGGUGACACAUGGACCACCAGUGACACAUGGACCAAGGGUGACACAUGGACCACCAGUGACACAUGGACCAAGGGUGACCCAUGGGCCACCACCGGUCCUGAGACCAUUUCCACCAUGCCUGAGACCACCAAAGACCCUGAGACCACCAAAACCAACCCUGAGACCACCACAAAGAUGCUGGAGACCACCAGUGACCCAUGGACCACCACCAGUCUUGAGACCACUUUUACCAACCCGGCCACCACCACCACCAUCCCUGAGACCACCAGUGACCCAUGGACCUCCACCACUCUUGAGACCAUUUCCAACACCCCUGAGAUCUCCGUGACCACCCCUGAGACCACCAGUCUGGAGGCCACCAACGACCCGUGGACCACCACCAGUGGCCAAUGGACCUCCACCAGUCUUGAGACCAUUUCUACCAACCCUGACGCCACCACAACCAUCCCUGAGACCUCCAGAACCAUCCCUGAGACCACCAGUCCUGAGACCACCAGUGACCAAUGGACAUCCACCAGUCUUGAGACCAUUUCCACCAUCCCUGAGACCUCCACGGCCAUCCCUGAGAUCACCAGUGUUGAAACCAGCAGUGACCCAUGGACUUCCACCAGUCUUGAGUCCAUUUCUACCACCCCUGACAGCACCUCGACCAUCCCUAAUUCCACCAGUAACCCAUGGAUCUCCACCAGUCCUGAGACCAUUUCCACCAACCCUGAGACCACCACGACCAUCACUGAGACCACCAGUGACCAAUGGGCCACCACCCGUGACUCAUGGACCACCAGCAGACUUGAGACCAUUUCCACCACUCUCUUCCCUGAGACCACCAAGCCUCAGACCACCAGUGACCAAUGGAUUCCCACCAGUCCUGAGUCCAUUUCUACCAUGCCUGAGACCACCAUGACCGACCCUGAGACCACCAGUGACCCAUGGAUGGCCAGCAGUGACCCAUGGACCUCCACCACUCUUGAGACCAUUUCCACCACCCCUGAGAUCUCCACGAUCAUCCCUGAGACCACCAGUCCUGAGACCAGCAGUGACCCAUGGACCACCAUGAGUCAUGAGACCAUUUCCACCAUGUCUGAGACCACCACAACCAUCCCUGAGACCACCAUGCUUGAGACCACGAGUCCAGAGGCCACCAGUGACCCAUGGACCACCACCACUCUUGAGACCAUUUCUACCAUUCCUGAGACCUCCACGGCCAUCCCUGAGACCACCAGUCUGGAGGCCACCAGUGGCCCAUGGACGUCCACCAGUCUUGAGACCGUUUCUACCACCCCUGACACCAGCACCACGAUCUCUGAGGCCACCAGUGACCCAUGGACAGCCACCAGUUUUGAGACCAUUUCCACCAUCUCUGACACCACCACAACCAUCCCUGAGACCACCGGUCCUGAGAUCACCAGUGACCCAUGGGCCACCACCAGUGACCAAUGGACAUCCACCAUUCUUGAGACCAUUUCUUCUACCCCUGAGACCGCCACAACCAUCCCUGAGACCACCAGUCACCCAUGGACCACCACCAGUCUUGAGACGGUUUCGAACACCCCCGAGACCACCACAACCAUCCCUGAGACCACCAGUCUGGAGGCCACCAGUGACCCAUGGACCACCACCAGCUUUGAGAUCAUGUCCACCAACCCUGACACCACCACGAACAUCCCUGAGACCACCAGAACCAUCUCUGAGACCACCAGUGACCCAUGGACCUCCACCAUCCCUGGGACCAGCACAACCAUUCCUGAGACCACCAAUGACCAAUGGACAUCCACCACUCUUGAGACCAUUUCCACCAUCCCUGAGACCUCCACAACCAUCCCUGAGACCACCAUGCUUGAGACCACAAGUCCAGAUGCCACCAGUGACCCAUGGACAGCCACCAGUUUUGAGACCAUUUCCACCACCCCUGACCCCACCACAACCAUCCCUGAGACCACCGGUCCUGAGAUCACCAGCGACCCAUGGGCCACCACCAGUGACCAAUGGACAUCCACCAUUCUUGAAACCAUUUCUUCUACCCCUGAGACCACCACAACCAUCCCUGAGACCACCAGUCUGGAGGCCACCAGUGACCCAUGGACCACCACCAGCUUUGAGAUCAUUUCCACCAACCCUGACACCACCACAACCAUCCCUGAGACCACCAGUGACCCACAGACAGCCACCACUCUUGAGACCAUUUCCACCAUCCCUGAGACCACCACAACCAUUCCUGAGACCACCAUGCUUGAGACCACGAGUCCAGAUGCCACCAGUGACCCAUGGACCACCACCAGUCUAGAGGCCAUUUCUACCACCCUGGACACCACCACCACCAUCCCUGAGAUCUCCACCACCAGCCCUGAGACCACCAGCCCUGAGACCACCAGUGAUGCAUGGACCUCCACAACUCUUGAGACCAUUUCCACCAUCCCUGAGACCUCCAACAGCAUCCCUGAGUCCACCAGUCUGGAGGCCACCACUCUCCCAUGGACCACCACCAGUGCCCAAUGGACUUCCACCACUCUUGAGUCCAUUUCUACCACCCCUGACAGCACCUUGACCACCCCUGAGACCACCAGUCUGGAGGCCACCAGUGACCCAUGGACCACCACCACCUUUGAGAUCAUGUCCACCAACCCUGACACCACCACGAACAUCCCUGAGACCACCAGAACCAUCCCUGAGACCCCCAGUGACCCAUGGAUCUCCACCACUCCUGAGACCACCAUGACCACCCCUGAGACCACCAAUCCUGAAGCCACCAGUGACCAAUGGACCACCACCCGUGAUUCAUGGACCACCAGCAGACUUGAGACCAUUUACACCACAACCUUCCCUGAGACCACCAGGCCUCAGACCACCAGUGACCAAUGGAUUCCCACCACUCCUGAGACGAUUUCCACCAUGCCUGACAUCACCAUGACCAACCCUGAGACCACCAGUGACCCAUGGAUGGCCACCAGUGACCCUUGGACCUCCACCACUCUUGAGACCAUUUCCAUGACCAUCCCUGAGACCACCAGAACCAUCUCUGAGACCACCAGUGACCCAUGGACUUCCACCAGUCCUGAGACCAUUUCUACAACACCUGAGGCCACCACAACCAUCCCUGAGAUCACCAGUCCUGAGACCAGCAGUGACCCAUGGGCCACCACCAGUGACCAAUGGACUUCCACCAGUCUUGAUGCCAUUUCUACCACCCCUGAUAGCACCUUGACCACCCCUGAUUCCACCAGUGACCCAUGGACCACCACCAGUCCUGAGGCCAUUUUCACCACCUCUGAGACCACCACAACCAUCCCUGAGACCACCAAUGACCAACGGACAGCCACCACUCUUGAGACCAUUUCCACCAUCCCUGAGACCUCCAGAACCAUCCCUGAGACCACCAUGCUUGAGACCACGAGUCCAGAUGCCACCAGUGACCCAUGGACCUCCACCACUCUUGAGACCAUUUCUACCACCCUGGACACCACCACCACCAUCCCUGAGAUCUCCACCACCAGCCCUGAGUCCACCAGUCUGGAGGCCACCAGUGACCUAUGGACCACCACCAGUGACCAAUGGACCUCCACCAGUCCUGAGACCAUUUCCACCACCCAUGAGACCACCAUGACCAUCCCUGAGAUCUCCACGACCACCCUUGAGACCACCAGUCCUGAGAUCAGCAGUGACCCAUGGACCACCAGCGGACUUGGGACCAUUUCCACCAUCCCUGAGACCACCAGUGACCAAUGGAUUCCCACCACUCCUGAGUCCAUUUCUACCAUGCCUGAGACCACCACGACCAACCCUGAGACCACCAGUGACCCAUGGAUGGCCACCAGUGACCAAUGGACCUCCACCACUCUUGAGACCAUUUCCAUGACCAUCCCUGAGACCACCAGAACCAUCUCUGUGACCACCAGUGACCCAUGGACCUCCGCCAGUCCUGAGACCAUUUCUACAACACCUGAGGCCACCACAACCAUCCCUGAGAUCACCAGUCCUGAGACCAGCAGUGACCCAUGGACCACCACCAGUGACCCAUGGACCACCACCAGUCCUGAGGCCAUUUUCACCACCUCUGAGACCACCACAACCAACCCUGAGACCACCAGAACUGUCUCUGAGACCACCAGUGACCCAUGGAUCUCCACCAGUCUUGAGACUGUUUCUAGCACCCCUGAGACCACCAUGACCAUCCCUGAGACCACCGGUGGCCCAUGGACGUCCACCAGUCCUGAGACUGUUCCUAAGACCCCUGAGACCACCACAACCAUCCCUGAGACCACCAUGCUUGAGACCACGAGUCCAGAUGCCACCAGUGACCCAUGGACCUCCACCAGUCUAGAGGCCAUUUCUACCACGCUGGACACCACCACCACCAUCCCUGUGAUCUCCACCACCAGCCCUGAGACCACCAGCCCUGAGACCACCAGUGACCAAUGGACCUCCACCACUCUUGAGACCAUUUCCACCAUCCCUGAGACCUCCAAGACCAUCCCUGAGACCACCGGUCUGGAGGCCACCACUAUCCCAUGGACCACCACCAGUGACCAAUGGACUUCCACCAGUCCUGAGACCAUUUCUACCUCUCCUGAGAGCACCACCACCAUCCCUGAGACCACCACCACCAUCCCUGAGACCCCCAGUGACCCUUGGACCUCCACCGGUCCUGAGACCAUUUCUACAACACCUGAGGCCACCACAACCAACCCUGAGAUCACCGGUCCUGAGACCAGCAGUGACCCAUGGACCACCACCAGUGACCAAUGGACUUCUACCAGUCUUGAGACCAUUUCCGCCAACCCGGACACCACCACCACCAUCCCUGAGACCACAAGUGACCCAUGGAUCUCCACCAGUGACCCAUGGACCACCACCAGUCCUGAAGCCAUUUUCACCACCUCUGAGACCACCACAACCAUCCCUGAGACCACCGGUCUGGAGGCCACCAGUGACCCAUGGGCCACCACCAGCUUUGAGAUCAUGUCCACCAUGCCUGACACCACCAGAACCAUCCCUGAGACCACCAAUGACCAAUGGACAUCCACCACUCUUGAGACCAUUUCCACCAUCCCUGAGACCUCCACAACCAUUCCUGAGACCACCAGUCCUGAGGCCACCAGUGACCAAUGGACCACCAGCAGUCUUGUGACCAUUUCCACCAUGUCUGAGACCACCAUGACCAAACCUGAGACCACCAGUGACCAAUGGAUUCCCACCAGUCUUGAGUCCAUUUCUACCAUGCCUGAGACCACCAUGACCAACCCUGAGACCACCAGUGACCCAUGGAUGGCCACCAGUGACCUAUGGACCACCACCAGUGCCCAAUGGACUUCUACCAGUCUUGAGACCAUUUCUACCUCCCCUGAGACCACCAUGACCAUCCCUGAGACCACCAGUGACCCAUGGAUCUCCACCACUCCUGAGACCAUUUCAACCACCCAUGAGACCACCAUGACCAUCCCUGAGAUCUCCACGACCACCCUUGAGACCACCGGUCCUGAGACCACCAGUGACCCGUGGACCACCAGCAGACAUGAGACCAUUUUCACCACUCUCUUCCCUGAGACCACCAGUCCUGAGACCACCAGUGACCCAUGGACUCCCACCAGUCUUGUGACCAUUUCCACCAUUAGUCCUGAGACCACCAGUGACCAAUGGAUUCCCACCAGUCCUGAGUCCAUUUCUACCAUGCCUGAGACCACCAUGACCAUCCCUGAGACCACCAGUGACCCAUGGACCACCACCAGUCCUGAAGCCAUUUUCACCACCUUUGAGACCACCACAACCAUCCCUGAGACCACCAAUGACCAACGGACAUCCACCAGUCUUGAGACCAUUUCCACCAACCCUGAGACCUCCACAACCAUCCCUGAGACCACCACAACCAUCCCUGAGACCACCAUGCUUGAGACCACGAGUCCAGAUGCCACCAGUGACCCAUGGACCUCCACCAGUCUAGAGGCCAUUUCUACCACGCUGGACACCACCACCACCAUCCCUGAGAUCUCCACCACCAUCCCUGAGUCCACCAGUCUGGAGGCCACCAGUGACCUAUGGACCACCACCAGUGACCAAUGGACCUCCACCACUCUUGAGACCAUUUCCAUGACCAUCCCUGAGACCACCAGAACCAUCUCUGAGACCACCAGUGACCCAUGGACCUCCGCCAGUCCUGAGACCAUUUCUACAACACCUGAGGCCACCACAACCAUCCCUGAGAUCACCAGUCCUGAGACCAGCAGUGACCCAUGGGCCACCACCAGUGACCAAUGGACUUCCACCAGUCUUGAUGCCAUUUCUACCACCCCUGAUAGCACCUUGACCACCCCUGAUUCCACCAGUGACCCAUGGACCACCACCAGUCCUGAGGCCAUUUUCACCACCUCUGAGACCACCACAACCAACCCUGAGACCACCAGAACUGUCCCUGAGACCACCAGUGACCCAUGGAUCUCCACCAGUCUUGAGACUGUUUCUAGCACCCCUGAGACCACCAUGACCAUGCCUGAGACCACCGGUGGCCCAUGGAUGUCCACCAGUCCUGAGACUGUUCCUAGUACCCCUGAGACCACCACAACCAUCCCUGAGACCACCAGUCUGGAGGCCACCAGUGACCCAUGGACCACCACCAGCUUUGAGAUCAUUUCCACCAACCCUGACAUCACCACGAACAUCCCUGAGACCACCAGAACCAUCCCUGAGACCACCAGUGACCCAUGGAUCUCCACCACUCCUGAGACCACCAUGACCACCCCUGAGACCACCAGAACUGUCCCUGAGACCACCAAUCCUGAGGCCACCAGUGACCAAUGGGCCACCACCCGUGAUUCAUGGACCACCAGCGGACUUGAGACCAUUUCCACCACAACCUUCCCUGAGACCACCAGGCCUCAGACCACCAGUGACCAAUGGACCUCCACUAGUCCUGAGAACGUUUCUACAACACCUGAGGCCACCACGACCAACCCUGAGACCACCAGUGACCCAUGGACCACCACCAGUCCUGAGGCCAUUUUCACCACCUCUGAGACCACCACAACCAUCUCUGAGACCACCAGUCUGGAGGCCACCAGUGACCCAUGGACCACCACCAGCUUUGAGAUCAUUUCCACCAACCCUGACACCACCACGAACAUCCCUGAGACCACCAAUGACCAACGGACAUCCACCAGUCUUGAGACCAUUUCCACCAUCCCUGAGACCUCCACAACCAUUCCUGAGACCACCAGAACCAUCCCUGAGACCACAAUGACUCUUGACACCACCACCACCAACCCUGAGACCACCAGUGACCCUUGGACCUCCACCGGUCCUGAGACCAUUUCUACAAUACCUGAGGCCACCACCACCACCCCUGAGACCACCCAUCCUGAGACUACCAGUGACCCAUGGAUCUCUACCAGUUUUGAGACUGUUUCUAACACCCCUGAGACCACCAUGACCAUCCCUGAGACAUCAACAGUCCCUGAGACCACCACAACCCCUGGGACCACCAUGACCACCCCUGAAACCCCUGGUCCUGAGACCACCACCCUCACUGAGACCACCACCAGCUUCUCUGGGACCUCCAUCAGCCCUGGCACCACCAUGACCAUCCCUGAAAUCUCCACCAUCCCUGAGACCACCACAGUCCCUGACACCACCACCAUCUUCUCUGAGACCACCACCACCACCACGUUCCCUGAGACCACCACGACCUUCCCUGGUACCACCAUGACCAUCCCUGGAACGACCAGUCCUGAGACCACCACCCUCUCUGAGACCAUCACCACCAACCCUGGGACCACCAGCACCAUCCCUGAGACCAUUUCUACCACCCUUGGCACCACCACGGUCCCUGACACCACCAUCACCUUCUCUGAGACCACCACCACCACCACCACCUUCCCUGGCACCACCACCUCAACACCUGGGACAGACACCAGCCCUGAGACAGCAACGUUCCCUGAGACCACCACCACCCCUGGGACCACCAUGACCACCCCUGAAACCACCAGUCCUGAGACCACCACCCUCUCUGAGACCACCAGGACCUUUCCUGGGAUCUCCAGCAGUCCUGAGACCACCACCAUCCCUGAGACCACCGCGACCCCAGGGACCACCACGACAUUCCAUGAAACCACCGGUCCUGAGUUCGCCACCCUCACUGAGACCACCCCCACCUUCCCUGGGACCUCCAUCAGCCCUGGCACCACCAUGACCAUCCCUGAAACCACCUUCGGUGAGACCAUCAGCACCUUCUCUGAAACCACCACCAGUCCUGAGACCACCACUCCCUCUGAGACCAUCACCACCAUCGCUGGGACCACCAGCACCAUCCCUGAGUCAACAAUGUUCCCUGAGACCACCAUGACCACUCCUGAAACCCCUGGUCCUGAGACCACCACCCUUACUGAGACCACCACCAGCUUCUCUGGGACCACCAUGACCAUCCCUGAAAUCUCCACCAUCCCUGAGACCAUUUCUAUCACCCCUGGCACCACCACAGUCCCUGACACCACCAUCACCUUCUCUGAGGCCACCACCACCACCUUCCCUGAGACCACCACCUCAACACCUGGGACAGACACCAGCCCUGAGACAGCAACGUUCCCUGAGACCACCACGACCUUCCCUAGGACCACCAUGACCUUCCCUGGGACCACCAGCAGUCCUGAGACCACCAUGACCAUCCCUGAGACAGCAACGUUCCCUGAGACCACCACCACCCCUGGGACCACCAUGACCACCCCUGAAACCACCAGUCCUGAGACCACCACCCUCUCUGAGACCACCAGGACCUUUCCUGGGAUCUCCAGCAGUCCUGAGACCACCAUGACCAUCCCUGAGACCACCGCGGCCCCAGGGACCACCACGACAUUCCAUGAAACCACCGGUCCUGAGUUCGCCACCCUCACUGAGACCACCACCAGCUUCCCUGGGACCUCCAUCAGCCCUGGCACCACCAUGACCAUCCCUGAAAUCUCCACCAUCCCUGAGACCACCACAGUCCCUGACACCACCACCAUCUUCUCUGAGACCACCACCACCACCACCUUCCCUGAGACCACCACCUCAACACCUGGGACAACAACGUUCCCUGAGACCACCACGACCUUCCCUGGUACCACCAUGACCAUCCCUGGAACGACCAGUCCUGAGACCACCACCCUCUCUGAGACCAUCACCACCAUCCCUGGGACCAUCAGCACCCCUGAGACCAUUUCUACCACCCCUGGCACCACCACGGUCCCUGACACCACCAUCACCUUCUCUGAGACCACCACCACCACCUUCCCUGAGACCACCACCUCAACACCUGGGACAGACACCAGUCCUGAGACAGCAACGUUCCCUGAGACCACCACCACCCCUGGGACCACCAUGACCACCCCUGAAACCACCACCAGUCCUGAGACCACCACUCCCUCUGAGACCAUCACCACCAUCGCUGGGACCACCAGCACCAUCCCUGAGUCAACCAUGUUCCCCGAGACCACCACGACCUUCUCUGAAACCUCCCUCCCAUGGACCACCACCAGCCCUGAGACCAUUUCUAUGAACCCUGGCACCACCACAGUUCCUGACACCACCACCAUCUUCUCUGAGACCACCACCACCACCACCUUCCCUGGGACCACCACCUCAACACCUGGGACAGACACCAGUCCUGAGACAGCAACGUUCCCUGAGACCACCACAACCUCCCCUGGGACCACCAUGACCUUCCCUGGGACCAUCAGUCCCUCUGAGACCACCAGGACCUUCCCUGGGAUCUCCAGCAGUCCUGAGACCACCACCACCUUCACUGAGACCACCAUGACUAUCCCUGAGGCAUCAACGUUCCCUGAGACCACCACCACCCCUGGUACCACCAUGACCACCCCUGAAACCACCGGUCCUGAGACCACCACCACCUUCCUUGGGACCACCACGCCUGAGACAACCACAACUGCUGGCAGCACCAUGACCAUCCCAGAAACCACCAGUGCUGAGGCCACCAGCACCAUCCCUGGGACCACCACCAGUCCCGAGGCAUCAACGUUCCCUGGGACCACCACAACCUUCCCUGGGACCACCAGUCCUGAGACCACCAGCACCAUCUCAGAGACCACCACCAGAGCUGAGACCAUUUCUAUGACCACUGGGACCACCACAGUCCCUGACACCACCACCUCCUUCUCUGAGACCACCACCACCAUCCCUGAGACCACCACCACCCCUGGAACCACCAUAACCCCUGGGACCAUCACCACCCCUGGGACCACCACCCCCAUUCCUGGGACCACCACCCCUGGGACCACCAUUCCUCGGACCACCACCACCCCUGGGACCACCAUUCCUGGGACCAUCACCACCCCUGGGACCACCACCCCUGGGACCAUCACCACCCCUGGGACCACCAUUCCUGGGACCAUCACCACCCCUGGGACCACCACCCCUGGGACCAUCACCACCCCUGGGACCACCAUUCCUGGGACCAUCACCACCCCUGGGACCACCACCCCUGGGACCACCACCCCCAUCUCUGGUACCACCACCCCUGGGACCAUCACCACCCCUGGGACCACCACCCCCAUUCCUGGGACCACCAUUCCUGGGACCACCACCACCAUCUCUGGGACCACCACCACCAUCUCUGGGACCAACACCACCACCCAUAUGACCACAACCUCCAACCAUACAACCACCACCACCACAACCACCAGCACACCUAGGACCACCCGUAGAACCACCAUCAUCACCACCACCAUCUCCACCACCAUCACCACCACUCCCCACUCCACCGCCACUCCAGGGAUCUGCAGCAACGGUGGCACCUGGGUCAACGGCCACUGCCAGUGUCCCCUGGGCUUCACUGGGGACCGGUGUGAGGACAUCAGCAACACCAUCGAGACCACGGCCGAGACCAACGGGACGGUGCAGGUGGAGCUGCGCGUCACCAACCGGGACUUCACCGAGGACCUUAAGAACACCAGCUCAUCCACCUACCAGGAGUUCGUCCAGGACUUCACCAAGCAGAUGGGCGCGGUCUACGCCGGCAUUGAGGGCUACAAGGGCAUCAAGGUGAACAGUCUCAGGCCUGGCAGCGUGGUGGUGGAUCACGCCAUCAUCGUGUCCCUGCUGGUGACCUCCCAGAGCCAGCAGAAGCUCCAGAACAUCACGGCCAAAGUGCAGGAGAAGAUCGAGGUGGCAGCCGCACAGUUCAACUGCACCGAGGGUGACCUGUGCUUCAACCCCUCCGAGGUGAACAUCACCAGCGCCGCGCUGGAAUUUGAUGGGGAUGCCUACUGCCAGAGCCAGGCGCCUGAGGGCUACCAGGAAUUCUUCUUCCCCAACCUGACAAGCUCCGGGUUGUCCUGCAUGUCCAACUGCACGCCAGGCACCGCCGGCACCAUCGACUGCCACCGUGGGACGUGCCACAUCACCCGCGGAGGUCCUCAGUGCUUCUGUGAUGAGACCCACCUGUACUGGUACCAAGGUGACCGCUGCGCAUCACGGGUCAGCAAACUGGCCAUGGGCCUGGGCUUGACCGUGGCCAUCCUGGUCAUCGUGGUCAUCGUCCUCUCCGUCUUCCUCUUCCGAGCUCGGAAAUCUGGGUCCUUUGACAGGGCCGAGCAGGCGAUGAUGGAGAAUUGGUACCAGAACAUCAGCGAGGAGUGGAGCCCCCAAGGGAGCUUCAGCUUCCGGAACCAAGAUGUCCAGCUCCAGGAUGACCACCCAGUCAACCUUGAGGCCGUGGACACUUCGGGCAGCGGGGACGCCCCAGGUGUUCCUGACGCCCCAUUCUCCACCGAAUCUUCUCCGUCACGUCCCAACAGAUCCAAAUCCCGCGGCCGGAGAGGUUCGUCACGGAGCUAUGAGAUCCGGUGGGGUGGUGAUUUCCACCACCAGAACUUUACCAUCAUCAUCGUCAUCGUCAAUGCCACCAUUGUUAUUAACAUCAACAUCAUCAUCAUCAUCAUCGUGACCAUGAUCAGCAUCAAAAUCUUCUUCAUGAUCACCAUCAUUAUCAUCAUCACCGUCAUUAUUGUCAUGACCCAUAUGGUCACCAUCACCACCAUCAUCACCAUCAUCACCAUCACCAUCUUCAACAUGAUUUCCACCAACACCAUCAUCACCAUCAUCACCAUCACCAUCAUCAACACGAUUUCCACCAUCACCAUCAUCACCACCACCAUCAUCAACACAAUUUCCACCAUCACCAUCAUCACCACCAUCACCAUCAUCACCAUCAUCGCCAUCAUAACCCCCAUCAUCAACCCCAUGGAAUGA